AUGAGUCCACCUCAGAAUCCGUACAACAACAUGAACUUCUGGGACUUUGUCCAGCAGUUCGACCCAAACCAGGGAACCGGCCGUGGCGUUGACCACCAAACCGAGACUCCCAUUCCCUCUUUCAUGGCCGGUUUCCCCUUUGGAGGACCUGGAGCCGGUGCUCCUGGUCCCCAUCACGGCCCUCCUCGAGGUCCUCGAGGUCCUCCCCCACCUCCCGAGGCCGAUGGCUUCGUCUGGGGUCCUUGGUUCGCCGGCGAGAACACUCCCGACUCUCGCAACCGCAAUGAACAGCGCCAGCAGCCAAACGAAGCUGCCAGCACUGACAGCCGCCCUUCUGAUGAGACCCUGAACGUCCCUGACCCUGAGGAAGUUGCUCCUGAGGAAAGCCACUGCGGAGCUGGUCCCCAGUGGCCUGGACGUGGUCGCGGCCGUGGCGGUCCUCGAGGUGGCCGAGGUCGUGGAGGUUUCCCUCAUGGACAUGGGCCUCAUCAUGGUCCUCAUCAUGGUCCUCACCACGGUCCUCACCCUCCUCCUCCUCCCUACGGCAGCCCUUUUGACUUCCCCGCUAUGUUCCGCGGCUGGGCCAGCCAUCCUUUCUUCCGCAACAUGCGCGAGCAGUUCCAGGAGAAUCAGAACCAAGACCGAUCCGCCACCACCGAAUCAUCAGACUCCUCCUUCAACCCACCCAUCGACGUCUUCAACACCGAAAAGUCGUACGUCAUCCACGUCGCCCUCCCCGGCGCAAAGAAGGAGGACAUUGGUCUCAACUGGGACGCCGCCCGCAGCCUUCUCAAGAUCUCUGGUGUCGUCCACCGCCCUGGCGACGAGGCCUUCCUCAACACUCUCGCCUCCAGCGAGCGCAAGGUCGGCAUGUUUGAGCGCACCGUGACGCUUCCCCCCGUGGGAGCUGACGAGCGCGACGAGGUUGAUGGUCUGGGCAUCACGGCCAAGAUGGAGGAUGGUGUCUUGAUCAUCUCUGUUCCCAAGGCCGAGAAGGAGUGGACUGAGAUCCACAAGAUCGACAUCGAGUAA